GUUCCUCGAGUUCGCUGAGAAGCGGAUGAAGCGCUUCAUUUGCUCGCAGAUCGUUGAGGACGCCUUCGACAAGAUAAAGGGGCGCGUAGAUCAGAACAAAAACACAUUGUGCUGUGCCCAGACGGCGAUGGCCAUCACAGUGGACUCGAAGGUCAUCUCGGCGUGCCACGACUAUAAGGAGGUCACUGUGGACCACGCCGGCGCGCCGAGGAACUCUGCAUUUGAACCGCGCGCCUUCAAGCCGCAGCUCUUGCGGAAGCACCGGCCGCCCGAGCUGCUGCCCCUGAAGCUCCACGAGUGCGCCGCGUUCAGCGAGCCGACGUGGUACUCGCCAGGCGCGGUCGGACGCUGCCAGGCGUUCGCGAACGUGGAGGUCUUGAGGCAGGCGUCGGCCGCGAACGCCAUGAACAGGCUUCAUUAUCGCUACUUGGCCAGGCUGGUCCAGAAGAAGGUGCUCCUGCGCAAGGUCGGCUCCCUGGCGUGGAACCUCGGGAUCGGGAGUGUAGCGGGCGAGCUGGCCAUCUUAUGGCCCGUGGAGAUCGUGGGCACUCAAACGGUGAAGGUGGGCAAUGCGGGCGUCUAUACGUACAGCGCCGUUCUCGACGACGCGGAGUGGGAGGCCGUGCCCCUCGGGUACCACGGCCCCAUGUACCAGGCCGUGCUGCGCGAGACGGGGCAGGAUGCUGGGGCCGCCAACUUGGACUGCAAGCGCGAGAUCGACCUCAAGGCUUCGGACCAGUACGAGCCGUGCACCAUCGUUGCGACGUGGAGUGGUGAGCCGCGCCCGCUGAUGGAGGUGGCGUGCCGCGAGGCGUUCUGGGACCUCCCAGUGGGCCUGUUGAAAGACAUCUGCGACAUGAAGGACUACCCCUACGAGGGCACUUCGAUGCGCUCGAUCCUGGCGGCGCUGUGCAAGAAGUGCAUCCCAGAUUGUAAGCCCGAGGACGCGUGCGCGGUGCUCCAGAAGCGCUUGAUCAGCUACGACGAGGACAACUUGGACGACCUUCUCUCCCUUGAGUGGGUCUCGGACGCCUUCGAUCCCGAGGCCGCCAAGGAGGUCAUCGCGGAGGCGAAGGUUUGCAGGGCGACGCGGUCGUCGACGAAGAAGUGCUUCGUGGGGGAGAUGGUCAAGUACAAGGCGAAGAACAUCAGCAAUAUCCCCGCUUCCAUUAAGUGCGCGGCGCACCCGCUGAAAACCCACGCGAAGGACAGCGGGGCGCCCAAGCGCCCUCCUGAGCCAGGCGACGACCUGGACCAGAGCGCCGCGAAGACCUACCUGCCCCCAGGCGCUUACAUUUGGAGGAACAACUCGGCGGGCUCCUGGUGCACCAACACUCUUGGCAAGCACAACUCGUCGAGCUGCGCGGCCUACGGGAGCAGCUCCGACGCGUUCAAGAUGGCGCUGAAGAGGUCGUGGACCAUCUGGCUCGAGCACCACGCGCUGCCGUUGCCCCACUGCCCC